ACAGUAAUAUCUUAACUAGAAAACACAUCAAGAAAUACAACAAAAUGUCGUCUACAACGGUUAAAUUUGCAGUAUUCCUAUUUGCUGUUUGUUUAUUUGAAUCGCUGAACGCCGCAACGACAGUUACAAGGAAUGUUCGAGACGUUGAAAGCGCUGAGGUCUCAGAGGCUAACGCGAUAAAACCAAGGGGUGCAGGCGCCGGCUCAUUCGAUAUCGCAGAGUUCUUCAAAGACUUCAAAUCUAAAGCAGACAUCGCGAAAAUAUUCGGCGGACUUAUAUUGAAAUCAAAAGGUGUCGACAGUCCAUUGAAACUGUAAUACCAAGGACAUGAUAAAAUAACUUUAACGUAAA